AUGGUGCGCAACAUUCCCGUCAUUGACUUUGCCGACUUUGAGAGCGACCCAAAGAAAGUGGCCGGACAAGUGCUUGAUGCUUGCAAAUCCAUUGGCUUCUUCUACAUUGUCAACCAUGGACUCCCCAAGGACCAAAUCGAGAAAUCCUUCCAAUUGGCAAAAGAGUUCUUUGACUUGCCAAGAGAUGAAAAGCGUCGAUAUCUGAUUCAAGAGGACAAUCAUGGAUACUCGGAACUGUAUAGUGAAACUUUGGAUCCUGAGAAUCAACGUCAAGGAGAUCACAAAGAAGGAUUCAACUUUCGAAACUUUGUGGAUGGUAAAGCAUUCCGAGAACUACCCGAGAUCUUUGCAAAGGAUCAGCAAUUCGUUGAAGGUUUCUCUCGAGCUUGCCAUGCUAUAGCUAUGCGUGUAUUGGAAGCAUUUGCGAUUGCUUUGGAGAUCCCUGAAGAACAUGGUGGUGCUAGUUGGUUCAAGGAUCGUCAUCCUUACGACAAAAAAUCGGGUCAAAUCUUGCGUUUCUUGAAGUAUCCACGUGGUGGCGAAGAAUCCUAUAAGGAGCCUGUACGUGCUGGUGCACACAGUGAUUAUGGUAGCAUUACCUUGCUCUUUCAACAUGACGUACCUGGUCUCGAGGUGCAGGCGAGUCGUACUGAAUGGAUCUCAGCACCAUUAAUCAAGGAUGCUAUCUUGGUCAACGUUGGCGAUCAAAUUGAGUUUUGGACAAACGGCUUGUUCAAGUCCACCAUGCAUCGUGUUGUUUUCUUGCCUGAGCACGCACAUGUGGAUCGUUAUUCUAUUCCUUUCUUUGUUCAUCCAAGUGAUGAGACUUUGUUGACACCUAUUCCAAGCACUAUCGUACCACCUGCCACCAGCAACAAAGGAGACGAGAUCAUUACUGCCGAAGAACAUUUACGGCGACGUUUGGAUGCCACUUACACAUAUGAAAAACCAACCCAUGAUUAG